GUGCGCGCGCGCGCGCACAACAGGUGACCGCUGAUGAUAUUGACUCGCAUUAGCCGGGAGGGGCUGCCUCCCUUGUCCGCCUGUCUCCAAAGACAAAGACCCCACGUAUAGCCUGCACAGACUGUUGGGGCAAGUGCUGUUAGCGAGCACCUAUGAAGGCCGGCACAGCGCACGAGGGGACGGAUGACCAGCACCACGCCUGACCGCCUUUGUCCCUCCAAUGGCAAUGUUUUUUUUUUCACACCGCACAAGCUGCUCAUUUGAGGCCGAAUCGACCUAGGGGAGGCCCAGACCGGGUUUAGAUAAUCGUCACUGGGUGUUGGCCGUGAGUGGCAAUCGAACUCGGGACAGCAGGUUCGGAGCGCAGCGUCGCGCUAACCGCUGCACCACCGCUCCCUUGUCCGCUUGUCUCCACACAGAUACAGAGACAGACGCACACAGAGACAGACAGAGACACAGACACACACACAGAGACACACAUAGAGACAGACACACCCAGACAGACACAGACACACACAAAGACAAACACAGAGAGACACACAGAGACAGACGACACAGACACACACAGAAAUAGACACACAGAGAGACACAGACACAGAGACAGACACAAAGACACACACAGACACAGAGACACACAGACGACACACACACAGACACACAGAGACAGACACACACACAGAGGGGCAGGCGUGAGACGGCGCACAAUGGCAAAGCCUCAACGUGCGCAGCGCACAUCGCUGUCGACUGACAGCGUCGGCUCAGCGAGAGCGCCGCCUUCAUCCACCGCCACCGCCGCUACGACGACGACGCAUGUCGAGCGCGCCGCGCACCCGGGAUGAUGAGCGAGUGGGUUGCGCUGCUGCUGCUGCUGCCGCUGCUGAUGAUGAUGCUGCUGCUGCUGCCGACAACAGACGCCGCCGCUGCUGCUUUGUGGGUGAAACUUGCGGAGGAGGCAAAGCUUUAAAUAGCCGGAGCGGAGCUCAGCGACGGCAGUCGGCGGACCCAACACCAACGCCACCACCACCACCAGCAGCAGCAGCAGCACCACAACCGAGACACCACCGUCACCACCGUCACCACCACCCCCCCAGACCACACACCACGCGCGCUCUAAGUUAGAGGCGGGCGGCUGCAGUGCGCGUGCCCGUGCGGUCGGGGGGUGCAUCAUCCUCAUCGGUUGUUGUUGUUGUUUUUUUUGGGGGGGGUGUUUUGUCACUGGCUCGUGCGCUAAACCAUGGCGGACGAGCAGGGCACGAGGAAGCUGCUCUCGGCCAUGCUGGCCGAGCUGCGCGUCGCCCCCGAGUCGGCCGGCGAAGACGCGGCGCCUCCUCCGCUGCGUCCGCCCUCGUCCAGCCUCGUCCAGUCGGAGGUGGAGGGGGAGACACUGGAGCUCUGCCUGCAGUUCUUCAGCCGCUACAAUGCCCCGUAUCUCCUGGCUGCAUCCUUGGCUCGCUCCACGGCCGCCGAGGUGCUGGCCUCUGACCUGUCCUCGUGUCUCUGCCCCGCACAAAUCAAGGAGGGCACUGAGGAACCACUGUUGUACGACUCGGUGAAGCUGGCGCGCCUGGUGUUCGCCAAGCUGCGCGAGGUGUGCGUGGCGUGGCAGAAGGAGCCGCCCGCGCUGUCUCGCCAGCGCCGCAGCUUCCAGAUCUCGCUGCACGCCAUCAAGAACACGCGGCGCAAGAUGGAGGACCGCCAUGUCAUCUUCCAGGACCUCAACGCCCUCUUCACCAGCGAGGAGGAGGAGGACGACCAGGCGUACUUUGCGAUAUUCGACGGCCACGGAGGCGUCGACGCCGCCAUCUAUGCGGCAACGCACCUGCACGUGAGCCUGGCACGCGAGGGCUCAUUCCGCCGCGACCCCCUGGAGGCACUGCGCCGGGCGUUCUGCCAGACGGACCAGCGCUUCGUGCUCAAGGCUCGCCAGGAGAACUGGCGCUGCGGCUCUACGGGCGUGGUGACCCUGAUCCGGGGCAACGAACUGCACGUGGCGUGGCUCGGAGACUCGCAGGUGAUCCUCGUGAGGAAGGGCAGCCCCGUGGAGCUCAUGUCUCCGCACAAGCCCGACCGCGAGGAUGAGAAGAAGAGGAUAGAGGCUCUGGGAGGCUGCGUCAUUUGGUUUGGAGCCUGGAGGGUGAACGGGACGCUGUCCGUGUCGAGGGCAAUCGGCGACAUGGAGCACAAGCCGUACGUGUCGUGCGACGCCGACUGCGCCACGUUCCCGCUGGACGGCAGCGAGGACUACCUGCUGCUGGCGUGCGACGGCUUCUACGACACGGUGCAGCCCGACGAGGCGGCGCGCAUCGUGGGCGAGCACCUGCGCGAGAACGACGGGGACCCCGCCAUGCUGGCGCACCGGCUGGUGGCUUCGGCGCGCGACGCCGGCUCCAGCGACAACAUCACGGUUCUCGUCGUCUUCCUGAGAGACGCGCGCGACGUCAUGCAGGAGGACACGGGGGGAGCCGACGGAGAGAGAGACCGGGCCGUCCCACCUGGCGGCGGUGGCAGUGAAGACGAUGGUGGUAAUGGCCAAGGCAACGACGGCAACGGCGGAGCGGGCGGCGGGGCCGGCGGAGGGACGCACGGGGACUCGGACGGCCGCAACGGCGAAGGGGACUGCGCCAGGGAUCCGUGCGACGGCGGCGGCGGAGGAGGAGGCGGGGAAGCGCGUCAGGGUAACGGCUCGGAGUUUGGGCCGGAGAACCGCGAGGACUCCUUGACGGAGCGCACGUGUCUGGCGCUGCGCUCUCCGUUGUGGGUCGGCGAGCCGCAGCGAGGGAUGGAGUUCCCCGCGAGGAUCGGCGAUGAUGCCAACGGCGCAGGUGCCUCGGGUCGCGACGUCCGCCCCCGUGCGCGUGCGACCGGAGUGGCCGGCUGGAACAAUGCCGGCGACGGAGCAGAGGGUCAUCGUCCCUGCAUCGCAGGUGUUUCCGACCGCUUUUUGUGCAGUGCUCGUGUCGUCGAUUCCGACGGUGAGAUGAGCGGUGAAAUUAAACCCGAGAUCGGUACCAAUGGCCAGAACGAUAUGUACGCAAGUCCUGGCGGUGCAAUCGCAAGCAGCAAUACGGUCACAGCUGACGAAUCGGGCAUUGCGGUCGGCUGUUCAAACUGGUCCCUGGCUGAUCCGGUUGGAGACACCGAGGCAUCUAUGUCGGCGGAUGAGAGAGAUGAGCCGAAGCCGCUCAGCUGUAGCCUCGUCGCGCCCAGUGCCACGCAGGCUCAUAAUGCAGCAGCAGAUCGUGGCGGCCUUUAUCAAGUCCAGGCAGCUCCCGGGCAAGCUGAAGUUGACAACCGUGACACUGGCGGAAGCAGCACGGAUAUGAACUGUGAAGAAAAAGGGCGCAGCCUGCCCGAUACGACAACGACGACUCGACACAAAUGCAGUCGCGCGGGUAACGGCGGCGACGUGCUAGCGCCGUACAAACCAGCCGGGGCCAAAGCCAAAGUGAAAGCACGCGGUUGGGACAGCUCCAUGUCAGAGGACUUUCGUUUCGAGAAUGGCGGCGGAGGCGACCUACGCUCAGCUGGUCCUGCAACGCACCCUCCGUCUCGCGAAGGAGACGCCACGCAAUCGUGGGGAAGACCGAUGCCUGUGAAGGAGUCCCUGCAGCUCUGCCGCAGACGCGGCGCUGGAGAUAGGACAGGCGACCAGAGCACGUUCAUGGCUGUGGCCUGUUAA